AUGGCGAGCUGCUCUUCUUUCCAACCUGCAGGUGACAAAGCAUUUGCUGAGUUUCUAAAUGAUGAAAUCAAAGAGGAGAAGAAGAUCCAGAAACACAAAUCCCUGCCGAAGAUGUCUGGAGGGUGGGAGCUGGACGUUCAUGGCACUGAGGCCAAGCUCACACGGAAAGUAGCUGGGGAAACGAUCACCGUCUCCUUCAAUAUUAAUAAUAGCAUUCCACCAGACUUUGAGGAGCCCCCAGAAGGACAGAAGCCUGAUGAGGAAGAGCCUGAGCUGACAUCCACCCCAAACUUUGUUGUAGAAGUAACCAAAGAUGAUACCAAACAAACCCUUGUGCUGGAUUGCCAUUACCCUGAGGAUGAGGUGAGCCACAGUGAAGAAGGGGAAAGUGAUAUUUUUUCCAUCCGGGAGGUCAGCUUCCAGCCUACUGGAGAUUCAGAAUGGCAGGACAACAACUAUACUCUCAACACCGACUCUCUAGACUGGGCCCUGUAUGACCACCUGAUGGAUUUCUUGGCUGACCGAGGGGUGGACAAUACAUUUGGGGAUGAGCUUGUGAGCCUCAGCACAGCUCUGGAGCACAGAGAGUACAUUCGGUUCCUUGAAGAUCUGAAGCAUUUCGUCAAAUGUCAGUAGGCUGAGAGAGCUGCGUGGAGGCCUGUGUUUCCCCACAGGGAGUUUGUGGGCGGGUCAUUUUCCUGCCCUUCAAAGCCUGAACUCUAGUUUUAAAAUCCCAGGAAACCAGAGAAGACAGAAGUUGGAGUUUUUCCUUGGAGGUUGAUUAUAUCUACCGGGCGGGGAGACAGUGAAGAUGUUUUGCAACUGUAGGCCAUCCAGCUGCCAACUAGAUUGGGGAGGUUUGUACAGUUUAAAAAGAAAGAUAAAUGAUGUGAAAAUAAAAUAUCUUAAAUUCUUAGUGUAAAGUGAA